AUGGAAGGUGUUGAUCUCACCAAAGCUGUAUUGAACAAGGGUAAACAGAUGGCGUCUGUUGCUGCCUCCGCUGCCAAUGGCACCGGUGGGAAGAAGAGGAGAAAGGGGACCGAUCUGAAGCCGAUCGUCACUAAUGAUGCAAACCCAGCCGCUGCCACUGAUGCCAAACUGAACUUCAGCUCACACAUCUUCUUCUCCAGCAGUGGCGCCGCGCCCGCAAACCCCAAAGCCGCCGGUGCGACAGCAUCUAGAUCCCCCUCCUCUUCAUCAGGAGAAGAACCCGAAACUACCGCCGAAGAAGAAGACUCCGAGGAUUAUUGCAAGGGUGGCUAUCACCCGGUCGCGGUCGGCGAGACAUAUAACAAUGGGCGGUAUGUGGUGGUUCGCAAGUUAGGUUGGGGCCAUUUCUCCACAGUCUGGUUGUCUAGGGAUACGACAACGGGCAAACACGUUGCAUUGAAGGUUGUGCGCUCCGCAGCUCACUAUACCGAGACCGCGAUCGAUGAGAUCAAAUUGCUCAAUCGGAUCGUGCAAGCGAAACCAUCUCACCCGGGCCGCAAGCAUGUGGUCAGUCUGCUGGACUCAUUCGAGCACAAGGGACCCAACGGCGUACACGUAUGUAUGGUGUUUGAGGUACUGGGUGAGAAUCUGCUAGGUCUGAUCAAGCGGUGGAACCAUCGCGGUAUCCCCAUGCCGCUGGUCAAGCAGAUCACGAAGCAGGUGCUACUAGGAUUGGAUUAUCUCCAUCGCGAGUGUGGGAUUAUUCACACCGAUCUCAAGCCGGAGAAUGUUUUGAUUGAGAUUGGUGAUGUAGAGCAGAUUGUGAAGGCGCAUGUGCAGCAAGAGGAGGCGAAGAAGGAGAAGGAGAAUAAGGAAGAUAACCGGAAUGGACGUCGACGGAGACGCACGUUGAUUACGGGUAGUCAACCGCUGCCCAGUCCAUUGAAUACUAGCUUUAGUAGCUAUGAUUUCAAGCACAGCUCCUCCCACUCACAUAGCAGCUUAAGCCAGAUGGUCAAUGAUCCAACACCGGAAUUGCCAUCGAUGAGGGACGCGCUUGGUAUUAAGGAGGAAGGUGAUAAGCAGCAGGAGCGAGAGAAGACAGCUGAUCUCCUGGAGAGAGAGGUGUCUGGUAUCUCCCUGGACAAGAGCUCAUCAACUAAAUCCCUCGAGGAGGAGAUCGAUGCUAGCAUCAUUUCGGUCAAGAUUGCUGAUCUGGGUAACGCUUGCUGGGUGGGUCACCAUUUCACCAACGACAUUCAGACACGGCAAUACCGAUCUCCCGAGGUUAUAUUGGGUGCGAAAUGGGGCGCCAGCACUGAUGUAUGGAGUAUGGCAUGCAUGACCUUCGAGCUCAUCACUGGAGAUUAUCUCUUCGAUCCUCAAUCCGGAACCAAAUAUGGCAAAGACGACGAUCACAUCGCGCAAAUCAUCGAAUUGCUCGGCCCCUUCCCAAAAUCAAUGUGUUUAUCAGGAAAAUACUCGCAAGAAAUCUUCAAUCGCAAGGGCGAACUCCGAAACAUCCACCGACUCCGCCACUGGGCACUUCCCGAAGUCCUCCGUGAAAAGUACCACUACACAGUCGAUGAGGCUAUGCGAAUCGCUGAAUUCCUCUUACCGAUGCUAGAUCUCUCCUGUGAGAAACGUGCCAAUGCAGGUGGCAUGUCUUCGCACGAGUGGAUGCAAGAUACAGCUGGUAUGAGUGAGGUCGAUCUUGGAAUAGCACCCGGUACGAAAGGGGAUGGGAUUGAUGGAUGGGCGAUGGAGGUGAAACGACGAUGA